AUGCAUCGAAGGAAACAGUUUUUGGAGGCAUUUGCGACGGAUACGGAGGUGCGGGGUACCGACGCACUCACUGGUCCACUCGGCAGCGAAGUAGGUUCUGCCACGAUGCCUCCUGAUGCCGUGAAACUUCACAGACUUUCCAAGAUGACUGGGCAAAGGCGGAUGUCGAGCCGCUCACAACUGGACCGUCUAAGCUGUUCUUCUAUUAGUGGAGUCCCACGCAUGUUGGUCCCACUUAUGCAGCAGGAUGACGGCAACGUCAUGGAUCCUUUACGCAUGCUCCAUAAGUGCAUUCGACAUUUUGCAACUCAUCCUGAAAUUUAUGGAAGUAACCUUCAUGCCCUGUUAGAUCGCGAGCUCAUGUAUGUCAUGCGUGUAAAGGCCUCCGAGGCGGCGCUGCUUGCGCCAGGGAUGGUUCCUGUCAUUGCUUCCACGUUACCCGCCAUAAAUAUUGGUAAAACGAAGGGUGGUAAGCUGCAACAUCCUGCACUAGAGAAAUGCGCUGGUUGGAUGGUCACCCCGCGGUCGAUAGAUGCCGCCGUUUCUGCAGGCACGGUUUUUAGAGGCGAUGGGAUGUUUGGCUUUGGAGCCACAACCUUUGUGGAGGGCACUCCCGGCUUUUUUUCGCUGCUUGAUAAGGCUAGUCGACGCGUGCCCCUGCACGAGGAACGCAUCACGGCAGAGAUCCCUGAAGUUGCGGGUGACAACUCCGUUCCUGCGUCAAGCGUCACUGAUUUUUCGCAUUCCGAGAGGAGCGCUUCUUUGCAGGAAAAAAAUCUACAACAAGACACUGCGCGCGUGCGAUUUCUUGCUUCUGAGAAUUCUUCCUCCCCGUCUCCCACCUCCGGACCCGUGCAAGCCGACACUGGCCCAAUGCUGCUUGUGGAUGGAACAAGCUACGAGGUGUCCUUCUUGCGAUCGCAGCUGCAGCAGGUCGAGGCGGCGUACAACGCCAAGUGCAUUUCACAUCAUGAGUUGCAGCAGGAAAACACGCAACUGAAGUCGCAACUAACUGCGACAGAGAAAAAAAAACAGCAGUAUCUAGCAAGGAAUCAAGAGAUGCGAGUACAGAUAGAGAGCAUGAAGCGAGAGUUGGAUGCCUGGAAGCAGCGCGCCAGUGAGUUGAAUGUCGCCGGACAGGGCGCCAACUCUCAUGUUUCUUCCGAAAGUUCACGUCGUGUGCAAUUGAUGCAGCUUGGUCAGACAAAACGUGAGUUGUCACACAUGUCGCGUCUUUGGAGAGAGACGGAAAAGUCUUUGCAGGAAACUAAAAGAGCCUUGGAGAGUGCCGAAAAGGAGGCGCAACUUUCGCACAGUUACCUGGAGGAUGCCUUUCACUUGAUUGAACGCCUGGAGCGAAGAAUCGUGCGACGUGACCAUUACAUCGGGAUACAAGGGCGACGUCAGGCUUCCUUAGAGGAAAAGUACGAAAAACUCAUGUGGUGUCUUGAGGAGCUGCGAACUAUAACUGGAGGAAGCUCCUACGUGGACUAUCUUCUCUCGCAGGACGACGCGUGGUCAUUGUUUCUCUUUGUGCGUCUACAACGACGUUUUAUGGGAUACGCCCAGAUGGAAGAGCCCAUCCCCGCUAAAACGGAGCCGCUCUUCUUCCGACGCACACCACUUGGGGGUCGGUUUGUUGACAUGUACAGCCCGAGCCUCCUUCUUCGACUCGUGACGGAUCAAGGCUGGGGAACAACGGAAAGUACGGAGAAACUGCCGACGAUACAAUUGAAGGCGCAGCUACCGCGCUGGCGUGGGAUGUAUACCAUUGAUUUUAUGCCCCUCAGCGUUGCUGAGCGCUCGGAUGUUAAUAGUGCAGAAAAUACGAUAACGCGCCUUGAAGUCUCGCGCCGUGCGUUUCCUGUUCUUUCACUAGCAUCACUACUUCUUCCGCGGCAAAACGCCACUUCGAUGACUGACGUCCAUGAGGAUGAGGAGGUGCCAAACACGGCACAAUAUGAUAAGGCGGCCCUUCGUCUGGUAUUAUAUUCCUUCUGGAGUGAGCGGCUAGCUCACUAUAAAAAGAAAUGGAGAGGCGUGUGA